AUGGCCGCAAAGUUUGCUCCCGCUCGGGGUGAGGCAUUGCGCCAUGCCCUGCGUGCCUCGCCGGCCGUGACGCUACCGGGAUUCCUGGUGCCUGCGUGGCAGGGAUUCGCGCGACGCCAAGGCCAGCAGUUCUCGACGACGACACAACAGCACUCGAAGCUUGGGCGGACGCCGAUAUCGAUACCUCCGGGGGUAGAGCUUAUCGUGGGCGGGACCAAGACGCUGAAGAGCAUGACGUCGUACCGAGCGGAUGUGAAGAAGACGAUUACGGUCAAGGGACCGCUGGCCACGCUGGAGCUCGAUGUUCCCGACUUUGUCAGCUUGAGCCAGGAUAUAGAGGACCGGAAGGUGGUGCUGAGCGUCGAGGAUGCAGAUGUAAGGCAUCAAAGAGAGAUGUGGGGAACAACGUGGUCCUACUUGAACAACUACGUCAUGGGGGUCUCCGAAGGCCACACGGCCAUCCUGCGCCUCGUCGGCGUCGGCUACCGCGCCAGCGUGGAGCAGCGCGGCGCAAAGGAAGAGUACCCCGGCCAGCGCUUCCUCUGCCUCAAGCUGGGCUUCACGCACCCCGUCGAGGAGGGCAUCCCCAAGGGCGUCACGGUGACGGCGGUCACGCCCACGCGCAUCCUCCUCGAGGGCCCGGACCGCGAGGCCAUCAUGUCGUUUGCCGGGCGCGUGAGGCUGUGGCGGCCGCCGGAGCCGUACAAGGGAAAGGGCAUCUUCAUCAACGACCAGACGAUUAAGCUGAAGCAGAAGAAGAUUAAGUAG